AUGAUCAGCAGAAAGUACUGUUGGGUUAUAAGGAGGUAUAAUGGUAGUCACAUUUGUACCCGAGCAACCAUUUCUCAGGAUCAUUUGAAGCUGGAUUCGAACACAAUUGCAAAAGCGAUAAAGCCGUUGGUUGAAGCUGACCCCUCGAUUAAGGUGAAAUCAGUUAUUGCGGAAGUGCAGUCAAAGUUUAAUUACACCAUCAGCUAUCAGAAAGCAUGGUUGGCUAAGCAAAAGUUAGUGAAAAAAAUUUUUGGAGGUUGGGAAGCAUCGUAUGAAGCUUUACCCAUAUGGCUUGAGGCCAUGUGUCAUAAGGAGCCAUCAGCGGCCGUCCAUUUUGAGACUAUGCCUCCCUAUCAAGGCGAUGACUUAGUUACUGAUAUCCAGGUGUUGCAACGAGUCUUCUGGAGUUAUUACCCAUGUAUUAGAUUAUUCAGACAUUGUAAACCAGUUAUCCAGGUAGAUGGGACCCACUUGUACGGAAAGUAUAAGGGUUGUUUGUUGGUUGCAGUUUCACAGGAUGGUAACAACAAGAUCGUCCCAAUUCCAUUUGCUAUUGUAGAGGGAGAGACUUCUGAUGCAUUGCACUUUUUCCUUAGUAACCUGCGACAGUAUAUGGUGACUCGAGAUGGUGUGGGACUGAUCUCUGACCGACACGAAUCCAUCAAUGCAGUUGUGGCCCGCAGUAACGGAGCUUGGUCGCCUCCUAGAGCGCCUUCCACAUGUUUUGCAUCAGGCAUAUAG